UUCUGUGUAGCGCAUGUAAGCAUAUCCGAUCGCAUGGUUGUCAUAGAAACGGGGAAAGCCGAUCUGAGGAUUACAACAGGCAAUCCAAAUACUUCAAUGGUCACAUAUUAGAUCAGACCACUGAACAAUAUCAAAUCAUCAUGUCAUCUCUUCCACAAGACACGAAAGACGCUUCGGUGGCUUCUUCCAAAUGGCUCGAUGCACAUUAUGAUCCAGUCGCCAAUCUUUAUACCUUUUCCUCUUGCAUUGCUCUUUCAGACUUGCAUGGAGAUGGUGAGAAUAAGCUGGUGGUGGGUGAUCUUGGCACAGGAGUGUGUAACAUAAAGCUAAAGGUGUACCGUGGUACGGGACUGUUGAGUGAAAGCACCCUAUUGGACUUACCGACUGGCCUGGUCUCCUUUCUGAUGGACCUUCAUGAGCCCCGAACCCCAGCCAUUGCCGUAGCCUCUGGCCCGUUCAUUUAUGUCUAUAAGAACUUAAGGCCUUACUUCAAGUUCACACUUCCUAGUCUGGAGGUGAAUCCUUUGGAGCAGGAUCUCUGGAGUCAGGCUCGGGAGGACAUGAUUGACCCCAUGACCCUUAAAGAGAUGUUGGAAGGGAUACGGGAUAAAGCAGAAAUUCCACUCUCCGUCAGAUCACUACGGUUCCUCAUGCUUGAUCCACAGGAAAUGGAGGCUUUUGUUCAUCUUCACAAAGAACAGCCUAUACGUCGCCAGACAGUCAUUACUUGUAUAGGGACAUUAAAGAAGAAUAUGGCAGAUGACGAUGCAGUUAGCUGUCUGGUGAUUGGCACAGAGAAUUGUGACGUUUAUAUAUUGGAUCCAGAAGCCUUUACCAUUCUCUACAAGAUGUCACUGCCCAGUGCUCCCACCUUCAUGGAUGUGACUGGUCAGUUUGAUGUGGAGUUUCGUAUCACUGUGGCCUGUCGCAACGGCAACAUCUAUAUACUGCGCAGGGACUCACCGAAGCCAAAGUACUGCAUUGAGUUGUCUUCUCACCCAGUGGGCCUGGUGAGAAUAGGAAAGAAUGUCGUGGUAGGAUGUACUCACGAGACACUGCAUGGUUAUACUCAAAAGGGCAGAAAACUGUGGACGGCCUAUUUGCCUGCACCUGUUACCACCAUGGCUCUGAUGGACAUGCCAGCACGUGGGUUCCAGGCUGUGCUGGUAGCUCUGGCCAACUGUGAAGUACACAUGUACCGUGAUAAUAAUCUGAUCAACACCAUCAAGACACAAGAUGUUGUGACAAGCAUUUGUUUUGGGCGUUACGGAAGAGAAGAUUGCACCCUGAUGAUGACCACAAAAGGAGGAGGUCUGAUUGUGAAAAUCUUAAAGAGGACAGCUGUGUUUGAUGAGAGGGACUCGGCCAUGGGCCCCCCAGUAGCCCAGAGCAUCCGUCUUAACGUGCCCAAGAAAACCAAGCUUUAUGUGGACCAGACGCUGAGAGAGCGGGAAAAUGCAGUUGCCAUGCACAGAGCUUUCCAGAUGGACCUGUGCAGACUGCGUCUAACUGCGGCACGGGCCUAUGUCAAAGCCCUCGAGUCCAGCCUCACGCCCAUGUCGGUCAGCCCGACCGAGCCGCUCAAAAUGAAUGCUGUGGUUCAAGGGCUGGGUCCAUCCUUCAAGCUCACUCUGAACAUUCAGAACAUAGCCGUGGCACGUCCGGUCAUGAACAUAGUUAUAAGCUUUCUGUACGACGAACGUUUGUACAGCAUGAGGACAGCCUUCUUCAAGAUUCCCCUACUGGUUCCAGGGCUGAAUUACCCUAUAGACACUUUUGUCGAAUGCUCGAGUGACAAAGGGAUCUCUGACGUCAUCAAAGUGUUUGUGCUGAAGGAAGGAAAAAGUACCCCUCUCCUUACUGCCCACAUCAACAUGCCUGUGAGUGAGGGAAUUGCACUGUGCUAAAACCCGAAAACAUUCACAGUCAUCUCGCUGUGCUCCUUGCAGCAUUUAGAGGCUUCACAGAGCUACCCAGAAAAGCUUAUGAUCACAGGAGUUAAGAAAAGCUUGUGCUGGCCGUAGAGCCAGUAUGUUUGUAGCCUAGAUCGGGACUGAAGGAGGUGUGUCCUCACAGAUGAGUAACUUUUAAUGGGUAGUGACUGGAGCAUUUGAUCGAAGGCUUGAAGUCCAAGCACCCCACUGUAGGUCAUAUAGUUUGGAGUGUGUAGGAGAUGUUAUGGUGUCUAUUUAAAAAAAUAAAGGGGAACUCGUGUAUAUUUGUAUGUAAAAGCACAUUUAUUAUGUAAGUAAUGACCACAAACACCACAUUUGAUAAGAUCUUGCACUAUCGAUAGCGAGCCUUUAUUAUGAUCCAGUUUUAAUAAAAAUGCGUUUGAUUGAAUAAA